GGCAGCCUCGGUCGGCUCGGCUCUCCAUUUCAGUCCGCUCCGUUCAUCGCCUCCUCACCGGCCGCUCCGACCUCUCUACACCCGUUCAGAAGAAAUGGGAACGCCUUGAUUUAACCCCCGACAUCGGCGAUAAACACAGCUCCUCAGCCUCCAGUUGGACUCUGAAGAUCUUUCUCCGUGAAGCCGCUGAUCGUCUCUGUGCCGAAAAGAAAAAAAACGGUGAAGAGACUACAUGUCCCAGAAACCCCUGUGAGAGUGAGCGACUUCUUCCUCCUCGUCUGUGUUUCCUCUCUCCCUCCGUCCGGUUGGUUGGAUGAGUCCCAAACAGCGACACAACUGUGAGCAGUGAUUGGGCGCUGAGCCAGACCAGGCAGCCAACGGGGAGCCAGGCUAGCCAUCAUGGCGGACGUGGACCCAGACACCCUGCUGGAGUGGCUCCAGAUGGGUCAGGGUGAUGAGCGGGACAUGCAGCUCAUUGCUCUGGAGCAGCUCUGCAUGCUGCUGCUCAUGUCGGACAACGUCGACCGCUGCUUUGAGACGUGUCCUCCUCGGACGUUCCUCCCGGCGCUCUGUAAGAUCUUCCUGGAUGAGAGCGCUCCAGAUAACGUGCUGGAGGUGACGGCCCGAGCCAUCACCUACUACCUGGACGUGUCGGCCGAGUGCACCCGGAGGAUCGUGGGAGUGGACGGAGCCAUCAAGGCGCUGUGCAACCGGCUGGUGGUGGUGGAGCUCAACAACAGGACGAGCAGAGACCUGGCCGAGCAGUGUGUCAAGGUGCUGGAGCUGAUCUGUACCAGGGAGUCCGGUGCUGUGUUCGAGGCCGGCGGUCUGAACUGCGUGCUGAGUUUCAUCAGAGACAGCGGCCACCUCGUCCACAAAGACACUCUGCACUCGGCCAUGGCCGUCGUGUCCCGACUCUGCAGCAAGAUGGAGCCUCAGGACUCUUCUCUGGAGACCUGCGUCGAGUCCCUGUCCAGCCUCCUCAAACAUGAAGACCACCAGGUGUCAGAUGGAGCUCUGCGCUGCUUCGCCUCGUUGGCCGACAGGUUCACCCGCCGCGGCGUGGACCCCGCCCCUUUAGCCAAACACGGCCUGACGGAGGAGCUGCUGUCCCGCAUGGCGGCUGCCGGUGGCACCGUGUCGGGCCCCGCCUCCUCCUGUAAGCCGGGCCGGACCUCGACAGGCGCCGCCCCCUCAGCCCCCGACUCCAAACUGAGCAACCAGGUGUCGACCAUCGUCAGCCUGCUGUCCACGCUGUGCAGGGGCUCGCCGCUCGUCACACACGACCUGCUGCGCUCGGCGCUGCCCGACUCGAUGGAGUCUGCUCUGGGAGGAGACGAGCGCUGUGUGCUGGACACCAUGCGGCUGGUGGACCUCCUGCUGGUGCUCCUGUUCGAGGGACGGAAGGCGCUGCCCAAGUCCACGGCGGGGUCGACGAGCCGGAUCCCCGGCCUGCGGCGCCUGGACAGUUCAGGGGAGAGAUCGCACCGACAGCUCAUUGACUGUAUCCGCAGCAAAGACACCGACGCUCUGAUCGACGCCAUCGACACCGGAGCUUUUGAGGUGAACUUCAUGGACGACGUUGGACAGACGCUGCUCAACUGGGCUUCAGCUUUCGGCACACAGGAAAUGGUGGAGUUUCUAUGUGAAAGGGGGGCGGACGUCAACAGAGGUCAGAGGUCAUCAUCACUACACUACGCUGCCUGUUUCGGACGCCCACAAGUAGCCAAGACUCUGCUGCGUCACGGAGCCAACCCCGACCUGAGAGACGAGGACGGGAAGACUCCUCUGGACAAGGCCCGGGAGAGAGGACACAGUGAGGUGGUGGCUAUCCUGCAGUCCCCAGGGGACUGGAUGUGUCCGGUGAACAAAGGCGACGACAAGAAGAAGAAAGAUGUGAACAAGGAGGAGGAGGAGGGCAGCGAGCCCAAAGGAGACCCAGAGAUGGCUCCGAUCUACCUGAAGAGACUGCUGCCUGUUUUUGCACAAACCUUUCAGCAAACCAUGCUGCCUUCUAUUAGGAAAGCCAGUCUGGCUCUGAUCAGGAAGAUGGUUCACUACAGCAGUGAAGUCCUGCUGAAGGAGGUGUGUGACAGUGAGACGGGACACAACCUGCCCACUGUGCUGGUGGAGAUCACUGCUACUGUCCUGGACCAGGAGGACGAUGAUGACGGUCACCUCCUGGCUCUGCAGAUCAUCAGAGAUCUGGUGGAUAAAGGAGGAGACGUUUUCCUCGACCAGCUGGCUCGACUGGGAGUCAUCAACAAGGUGUCCACUCUGGCUGGACCGGCGUCCGAUGACGAGAACGAGGACGAAGCGAAGCCUGAGAAGGUAGAGCGAGAGAGAGUCGUCCAGCGGGGCCGUAGCCGAGCGCUCAGGGUGUCCGGAGAAGAUCUGACUGAACCCCUUCAUGUCUUGUCUCUGCUGCAGGAGGAGGAGGUGCAGGAGGAUGCGAGGGAGAUCCAGCAGGGGAAGCCGUAUCACUGGAGGGACUGGUCCAUCAUCAGAGGGAGGGACUGUCUGUACAUCUGGUCCGACGCCGCCGCCCUCGAACUCUCUAACGGCUCCAACGGCUGGUUCAGGUUCAUCCUGGACGGGAAGCUGGCCACCAUGUACUCCAGCGGGAGUCCAGAGGGGGGGUCGGACAGCUCAGAGUCUCGCAGUGAGUUCCUGGAGAAGCUGCAGCGGGCGAGGAGUCAGGUGAAGCCCGUCACAGCCAGUCAGCCCAUCCUGUCCAGCGUGGGUCCCACCAAGCUGACCGUGGGGAACUGGUCCCUGACCUGCCUGAAGGACGGAGAGAUCGCCAUCCACAACUCAGACGGACAGCAGGCCACCAUCCUGAAGGAGGACCUGCCGGGCUUCGUCUUCGAGUCCAACAGGGGAACCAAACACUCCUUCACCGCCGAGACGUCGCUGGGCUCUGAGUUUGUGACGGGCUGGACGGGGAAGAGAGGCAGGAAGCUGAAGUCGAAGCUGGAGAAGACGAAGCAGAAGGUGAAGAGCAUGGCGAGGGAGCUGUACGACGACCACUUCAAAGCUGUGGAGAGCAUGCCCAGAGGAGUGGUGGUCACCCUGAGGAACAUCUCCACACAGCUGGAGUCCGCCUGGGAGCUGCACACCAACAGACAGUGUAUUGAAGGGGAGAACACGUGGAGGGACCUGAUGAAAACCGCUCUGGAGAACCUGAUUGUAGUUUUGAAGGAUGAAAACACCAUCUCUCCGUAUGAGAUGUGCAGCAGUGGCCUGGUCCAGGCUCUGUUCACGGUCCUCAACAAUAGCGUGGAACUGGACCUGAAACAUGAUUGUAAGCCUUUAAUGGAGAGGAUCAAUGUCUUUAAGGCGGCUUUCAGCGAGAAUGAAGACGAUGAAAGCCGACCAGCUGUUGCCUUAAUCCGUAAACUGAUAGCUGUCCUGGAGUCAAUUGAACGUCUACCUCUGCACCUGUAUGACACUCCAGGAUCCUCCUACAACCUGCAGAUCUUGACGAGGAGGUUGCGUUUCCGUCUCGAGCGAGCGCCGGGUGAGACGGCUCUGAUCGACCGGACGGGGCGUAUGUUGAAGAUGGAGCCGCUCGCUACUGUGGAGUCUCUGGAGCAGUACCUGCUGAAGAUGGUGGCGAAGCAGUGGUAUGACUUUGAGCGCUCGUCCUUCGUCUUUGUGAGGAAGCUGAGGGAAGGACAGACCUUCACCUUCAGACACCAGCACGACUUUGACGAGAACGGCAUCAUCUACUGGGUCGGAACCAACGCCAAGACGGCGUACGAGUGGGUAAACCCUGCUGCCUACGGCCUGGUGGUGGUGACAUCAUCAGAGGGGCGUAACCUCCCCUACGGGCGCUUGGAGGACAUCCUGAGUCGGGAUAGCUCCGCCCUGAACUGCCACACUAACGACGACAAGAACGCCUGGUUCGCCGUCGACCUCGGCCUCUGGGUCAUUCCCUCAGCGUACACCCUGAGACACGCCAGGGGUUACGGCCGCUCUGCGUUGAGGAACUGGGUGUUUCAGGUGUCGAAGGACGGUCAGAACUGGACGACUCUUUACACUCAUGUAGACGACUGCAGCCUCAACGAACCAGGGUCGACGGCCACGUGGCCUCUGGACCCGUCCAAAGAGGAGAAGCAGGGCUGGAGACACAUCAGGAUCAAACAGAUGGGGAAGAACGCCAGCGGUCAGACUCACUACCUGUCCCUGUCUGGACUGGAGCUGUACGGCACCGUCACCGCCGUCUGCGAGGACCAGCUCGGUAAAGCUGUGAAGGAGGCGGAGGCGAACCUCCGCCGCCAGCGGCGCCUGUUUCGCUCCCAGGUGAUGAAGUACAUCGUUCCUGGGGCACGGGUCGUCCGCGGCAUCGACUGGAAGUGGCGAGACCAGGACGGAAACCCGGCGGGAGAGGGCACGGUCACCGGAGAGGCUCACAACGGUAAGACACGUCCUAACUGAGAAAUCUAAACCUGU